GAUGGGUGAUGAAUAUUACUCAACUGUUGUUGAUUCGUUCCCAUGGACUAUUAGGAGGUGCUAUUAUGAUUUAGAAAAAAUAGGUUGUAGUUCUCAAAGUCUUGUUUGUUUAGCGUCUAAUGGUCAUUUUGGUAAAGUUGCUGUUAAGAAACUAAUUAAACCGUUUGAUUCGGAAAGCUGUGCUAAAAGAUCUUGGAGAGAAAUUGUUAUUCAUAAACAUUUAGCGAAAUCUUCCCAUCCACAUAUCAUAGGUCUCAUAGAGAGUUUUACUCCCGAUUCAGGCCUAGAGUUAUUUAAUAAUGUAUAUAUUGUCACCGAAUAUAUUGGCAAAGAUUUAGAACAAGCUCUUAAGAAGGUUGGGAAAUAUGAUGAAACAGACGCUUUAAAAAUCAUUGGCCAAGUUUUGAGUGCCUUGGCCUAUUUACAUUCUGCAGGUAUAUUACAUAGAGAUCUUAAGCCAAGUAAUAUUGCCAUAAGUGAUAAUUGCUAUGUAAAACUUUUGGAUUUCGGUCUGUCAAGAACAAGCGCUAGUGAAAUGUCUGGCUACGUAAUAACGAGACCUUACAGAGCUCCAGAGGUAAUAUGCAAUUGGACGCAUUAUAAGUCAAACGUAGACGUUUGGAGUGCUGGUUGCAUUCUAGCUGAGAUGCUUACCGGCGAAAUUCUAUUUAGAGGAGACACUUUAGUAAAGCAUUUCCAAAAUAUUAUAAAAUUCGUUGGUAAACCAAACGAAACAGUACUUUCUAAAAUAAUAUCUAUAAAUGCAAGAGAAUACAUAAAAACACUUCCCGAUGAACCACCAGUCAAUAUGAAUGAAUAUUUUCAUGGAAAACAUUACCUUGUAAUUGAAUUACUCAAAGAAAUGCUAAACUUUGAUUCCGAAACAAGAACUUCAGCAGUCGAUACACUUAAUCAUAAAAGCUUCGACUAUUUCAAAGCAAAAGCCUAUCAGGCGACUAAAAAUUUCUCUUGCCCUAUAUUAGAUUGUCAACUGGAAGAACAAUCUAAAAGUAUUGAUGACUGGAAAGAACUAGUUUGGAAUAUCUGUCAAUAA